UUUUUUCUUUUUUUGUCUACGAUUUUCAAAUAGAAUAAUAUGGAUAGUUCAGAGACACCAAUAACAGUGAGCGAAGUUCCUCCUAGCAAAGCUUCAAGUUCAAUAUCUCGCACAACGCGAACACAGGACCAAGUAUCAAGUUCAGGAGAAUUAGGCUCAAGCUCUUUGAUUACACGCAACAGUUCAAUUAGUUCAAUUCGAAGCAACCGUUCUUUUAUCGAAAAUUGGAUACUGAAGACAAACACGAGUCAGCGUUCGCUAGAGUCCUCGGUUGAAUCCCAAGGCGAUGGACCACCACUGCCGCCCUGGGCGUCUCCUCAUCCUAUUAAGCCUCAAAAAGCAGAACAUUCAAAGAUAUUGAAUGAAAAACUUUUGUUCGAUAUUGAGGAAGACAAAGAUGAUGAUAAAUCACCACUCAGCAACUCUCCCCUUUUAGUAGAUGAAUACUCGAUCAUGAACAAUUUGAUUGAAGAAGAAGAAAAGGCCACUACUUAUACCACUGCCAGCACUUCUUUUUCUCCUGGCAAGAAUGAAGAAGAUGAGGAAUGGCUUUAUCAACCUCAUGUAGCACCUGUUUUCGAAGAAGAGCAAGAUGAUGAUAAUUUCUCUCAUGAUACGGCCCCAUUCAACUCUGAUUAUGAGUCGUCUCACCCAAUAGCUUCUUACAACCAGUCUUUUGAUGACACACAUCCUAUUUCGUCCCUUUCGUUUGAUUCAAAUGAUGCGGUAGAUGCUCUAGUAGAAAUUGAAUCUGUUUCUACUCAUUUUAACGAUGCAUCAGACGAUUUACCAGAGAUUCCUUCUCAUGAUACCGAUACACAACCUAAUUCUCCUCCUUUAGACAGCCAAAAUGCUUUACCUGAGCUAUUUUAUAGCCGGCCUGUUUCUUUUCAUAGUGCCCAUGACGAUAAGGCUUCUGUUGAAGCUACACAAGAUUCUUUUGACGAAUUAGAUGAACUGACUGCAGAAGAACUAUUAGAGAUCGAAAAAAUUGCUGCUCAUACUGAAACUAUUUUACAACAAAAAAGAAAGGCCUCUAUUCAUACUGAACCGCUUGAAGAGAAACAAGGAAAUACACAACAAAGAAGACCAAGAUUAGGUUUAUCAAAAAAGGCAAAGUAAUACCAUUGUAUUAGACUAGAACUGUACAUAUACCCCCUUUUGUUCUCCGUUCAUUCGGUCUGGAUAUUUAUCUUUCUACACAUGUAUUCGUGUCACUACAUUUUCUAACAAUAAAGCGGCUAUUAGUUUAGCAUAAUCAUACCGC